AUGAGCUCCGAGGUUGUGCAAGUCAGUAAAAAUACUGCAACGGAACUAUGCAGCAAUUGCAAAGCUAUCGACUUUGAUACCAUCCUCACCCUCGAUCAAGAAAGCCUGAAAUCUGGAGCUGACGCUCCCAUUCCAAAUGGCCGCAAGGUUGCAGAUCUCGUGGGAAAUCCGAAGACAUGGUCAUCAUCUACAUGCCUACUCUGCCGGUUGUAUGCGUUUACAAACAUGAAAGCUGUACUAGACUCUGAUGUCGAUAAGACGUCGUAUUCUUUGGUAAUAAGGUCCACGGCCGAGAUGCUCAAGAACGAUGAUGCAUUUACAGGAGAAGUCAGGAUGGCUGACGCGGCUACUAUUCCUCAAGUCAUGUUACAGGUCUUUCACGAACCCAUCAAUUUCUUUAAUCCUUGUCUUUAUAUAGCAGACUAUUACCUGUUUGAUCAGAAUUCUUUAGAUCCAAGACAAAACACGGCAAUUGCUCAGAGAAACAGAAACGAGCUGGGCUAUAUUGAUGCGAGCGUCUUGAAAUCGUUUCUUGAUUACUGUUGGGAACACCACAACGACUCCCUCAUCUGUGGCAUUGAUCAUCAAUCUCGGAGCUUCAUUUUACCAUUGUUCAAGGUUAUAGACGUGGAGUCGUUGUGCAUCGUCGACGCUGGUCAAGAUCCGACAUACACGGCGCUCAGCUACAGAUGGGGAGAGGAGGCAUACGACCCGUCACGUCAGCCUUUUGACGAGGAGGGACAACUGAUGGAUGCAACGGCACUUCCGCUGAUGAUCUCGGAUGCUCUCAAAGUUACCAAAGAUCUUGGGUUCCGAUAUUGUUGGGUUGAUCGAUAUUGCAUCCCGCAAAACGAUCCUCAGGCCAUGGAGAUUCAAUUCGGCCAGAUGGAUUUGAUCUACCGCAAUGCAGCUGUUACUAUCAUCGCAGACUCUCACUCUCCCUUCUUACCAGGCGUGACACGGAAGUUGGAGACCACUGUCCUGCCUGUACGAAUUGGAAACCACAAUAUCGCAGCAGGGAAUAUCAAAUUCAAAAACAUUGAACUACGCAUAAGUCGCUCGCCUUGGGCAACUAGAGCAUGGACAUAUCAAGAAGGGCUGUUCUCACGUCGGCGCCUGUUCUUUACAGACGUGGGAGUGUACUAUGAGUGUGGCCGUAUGGCGUCUGCAGAACAAGGCUUUGCCGCUCCCCAGCCUCGAUGGAACCUGAAAGAGGGAGACAAAGCACCGUGGCUUUUAUCUGCGAGCUCAUUCGAAAGGGAAAAGGCACUGCUACUAUGUAUUGAAACAUAUAGCAAACGCGCAUUAACCUUUGUCAAAGAUCGGCUCUCUGCGGUGUUGGGUAUACUCCAUGCGUUCGAAGCGCCUGGACAGUUGAUGCGUCAUUAUCUCGGUACCCCAAUACUUCAAUUCGAAUCGACGGCGACAAACCCAAUGCAGGUUUUUAUCCUUGGCUUCCUGAGAGGAAUGCUUUGGCAUGGAGAAAUUAGAGGGUCGGAUCGUUGCCACGAUCUUCCAUCUUGGUCUUGGGCAGGAUGGGUCGGGGAAAUAUUCUUUUUCAAGAAGGCUCUGGGCACCACAUCGGCUUCUAUACCGUCGUCCCGGACGGUUGUCGAUAUAAAGUCGGAACUCAUGGAUGGUAAACUCUUGCCAUGGGACUCAGUUGAGAACAUACAACAGAUCCGUGCAACCCCAAUAUCCGCUAUUUCCAGGUUCAUACAUCUCGAUGCUUUAACGGUUCAGAUACCUAUGGAUAUGGCAGGAUUCGAAGAGUCUGACCCGUUGCAUAAUCCAGUCGAGUCCUACGUUCUAAAUCUCGGCACGAAAGAGCAGGAGGACGCCGUGGACAAAGAGUUUCCCUUCAAUGAGCUGCGUUACAAGAUUGUGGAAAUUGCGGGACGUGGUCAAAUCUAUGUAGAAGUCGACAUACAGCGAUGGCCUAAGAGAGAUUCGGUUAAUAGUUUGGAGACGGGGAUUGUCAUCCUUGAGUCGAACAGGGAGCUUGUAAUCGUCCUCGUGGCACCAACAGGCGAGGGAAGUGACACAAUGGAGCGCUUUGGUAUUAUCAGAAUACUCCCAGACACAGUAUUCUUCAGACCAUUUCUGGGUCCCCAACGGCGAUGGCUGGAAAAUCUGGGAGAGCAGGAUAGCCCUGACAAGUACCACGACUGGUUAGAUACCUUGACGCAGGAGGAGCAAUGUGAGGAGGCGGGGAUGCCAACCUGGGACGAGUUUUUGACAAGCUUUUGGGAUACGAUCCCGACUAAGCGUCAAUUCAUUCGAUUAGGGUAA